CCAAGGCAGAGGUGCAGCGAGGAGCUAUGUCGGCGCCAGCCGGGAUCCCCCCGCGCCCCGCCGCAGCCCCUGGAGGGGCCAGAGCGCCUGCUGCCGCGCCCAGGGCGCCGCCCUGUCAGAACGGUCCAGUGCAGAAUCAGAUGCAGUUCCCUUUUGGAUAUGGCUUACAUCUUGAAAACUAUAGUGCUUCCUCCGGACACUACCCACAAGUGCCCCAUGAAGCCGUCCCCUCACAGUUGAAUAACCAGUAUGUUGCUGAUUACCACUCUGCUUGCUAUUCUAUACCAGUUCAAAGUGUCAUGACACCUUCUGUGGGUCCCAGCAUGUUGAACACACAGCAGUUAUACAGUGGGGCUCCUCAUCCUGUAGAGUCAGCUGGAGGACUUACCCAAGGAGCAAUAUCAUCUGCAUCCUAUUUACAUACAAGUGUUCCACAGUCGUAUUCUGCAUUGAGUAGUCACUACAGUUCUUCAACUAGCUCUUCAGUGGCAUCUCAGGGAUUUCCCCUUUCUUCUGGUCAUUAUGCCAUGCCUACCAUCUCUAGUGCUGUAUAUCCUAAUCUUUCCUAUCCUUCCAUGUCUGUUGGUAGUCCAUAUGGGCAGGUAUUUACUUCCCAGAGUCUUCCAGCUGUUGGACAGUUCAAAGAGACUAACACCUUUCCUAAUCAAAGUUCAACUGUACCUCGUACGCUGCAACAGCAAGUUCCUUUGGGAUAUAAUUCUACACCAUGGUCCACUUCAGAUUUUCGGUCAGCUCAAGACAACUUCAGCAGGAAUAACACUGGAUCCCUGGCUAAAGCAAGCAACAAAAUAAAUACAGUUGGUGUCUUAGAUUCAUCGCAUCCUGUAAGCCAGAAUGUUCAGUUUACCAAGCCUAGUGUAGAAACAUCUGUAGUUUCUUCUGCUGUGACCUCUUCAAUAAGAACACCUGUGGGAGACCACUUAACUGAACCUGCUUCUGUGCCUUCCAAUACACAGCCAUCGGAAUCACUGCUUCAAGAAGGCAUGCAGUAUGGUGGAUAUAUUAAUAAUCAAGCUAGCUCUGCACCAGCUCCCUUGUCAUCAAGUUCAGAUGAUGAGGAAGAGGAUGAGGAGGAUGAGGAAGCAGCUAUUGACAGCUCCUCCACUACUAGCAGUGCCUCUCCUGUUAUCAACAAUUAUGAUGCUCUUGAAGGAGGUGGAUAUCCAGAAACAAAUUCUGCGGCAAGUAGUCCAGUUCCUACUCCUCAGACAUCAAGGAUGCCUAAGCCCUUUGGUUACGGAUACCCAACUCUUCAACCUGGAUACCAGAAUGCAACACCAUCUACUUCUGCUAUGCAGCCCAGUAAUCCAGGGCACCAUUCUGGGUUUCAGCAAUAUCCUCAGCAGUAUCCUGGUGUGAACCAAUUAUCAUCCACCUUAGGAGGAUUAAGUCUACAGCAUUCUCAGCAGCCAGAAAGUUUGAGACCAGUAAACCUUACACAAGAUAGGAAUAUUCUUCCUGUUUCUCCAGUUCUAGCUCCUGUGCCUAAUUUGAAUUCAGACCUUAGAAAAUUAAAUUGCAGUCCAGAUUCAUUUCGAUGUACGCUGACAAAUAUUCCACAGACUCAGGCUUUGCUAAACAAAGCUAAACUUCCCUUGGGUUUGCUGCUGCAUCCUUUCAGAGACCUAACGCAAUUACCUGUAAUAACAUCAAGCACCAUUGUGAGGUGCAGAUCCUGCAGGACAUAUAUCAACCCAUUUGUUUCCUUCAUUGACCAAAGGAGGUGGAAAUGCAACUUAUGCUAUCGAGUUAAUGAUGUUCCUGAAGAAUUUAUGUAUAACCCAUUGACACGAUCCUAUGGGGAGCCUCAUAAACGGCCAGAGGUCCAAAAUUCUACAGUGGAGUUCAUUGCUUCUUCAGACUACAUGCUUCGUCCUCCUCAGCCUGCAGUGUACUUGUUUGUUUUAGAUGUGUCUCAUAAUGCAGUGGAAGCUGGAUACUUGACAAUUGUAUGUCAGUCUUUGCUGGAAAACCUAGACAAGCUGCCUGGAGAUUCGAGAACAAGAAUAGGAUUCAUAACAUUUGACAGCACUGUUCAUUUCUACAACUUGCAGGAAGGUUUAUCACAGCCUCAAAUGCUGAUUGUUUCAGAUAUUGAUGAUGUUUUCUUACCUACACCUGACAGCUUACUUGUAAAUCUUCAUGAAAGCAAAGAGCUGAUAAAAGAUUUAUUGAGUGCACUACCAAAUAUGUUCAUCAAUACAAGAGAAACACACAGCGCGCUGGGUCCUGCGCUUCAGGCUGCCUUUAAAUUGAUGUCUCCAACAGGUGGCCGCAUAUCUGUAUUUCAGUCACAGUUACCAUCUUUGGGUGCAGGGCUCUUGCAUUCCAGAGAAGAUCCCAAUCAAAGAUCAAGCACAAAGGUUGUACAGCAUCUUGGCCCAGCAACAGAUUUUUACAAAAAGUUGGCACUGGACUGUUCAGGACAGCAAACGGCUGUGGAUUUGUUCCUCUUAAGUUCUCAGUAUUCUGACCUGGCUUCUCUAGCUUGUAUGUCCAAGUAUUCUGCUGGAUGCAUCUAUUAUUAUCCAUCUUUCCAUCACAGCCACAAUCCUGCUCAAGCAGAAAAAUUGCAAAAAGACCUUAAAAGAUAUCUUACAAGAAAGAUUGGAUUUGAGGCGGUCAUGAGAAUAAGAUGUACAAAAGGUCUUUCAAUACAUACUUUCCAUGGGAAUUUUUUUGUGCGAUCUACUGACUUGCUGUCACUUGCCAAUGUCAAUCCUGAUGCUGGAUUUGCAGUACAGAUGUCCAUCGAGGAAAGUCUAACAGAUACAUCUCUGGUGUGUUUUCAGACUGCUCUUUUGUAUACUUCCAGCAAAGGUGAACGGAGAAUUCGAGUGCACACGCUUUGCUUGCCCGUAGUCACUUCACUGGCUGAUGUGUAUGCAGGAGCAGAUGUACAAGCAGCUGUCUGCCUCUUAGCAAACAUGGCUGUAGAUCGCUCAGUUUCAUCAAGUCUUUCAGACGCAAGAGAUGCCUUAGUGAAUGCUGUGGUAGAUUCAUUGUCAGCAUAUAUCUCAACUGCCUCAAACCUGCAGCAAUCCACACUGAUAGCACCAAAUUCCCUCAGACUGUUUCCUUUAUAUGUUUUGGCUCUUCUCAAACAGAAAGCAUUUAGAACUGGCACUAGCACUCGCUUGGAUGAUCGUAUAUAUGCCAUGUGCCAGAUAAAGAGUCAGCCUCUUGUUCAUCUGAUGAAAAUGAUACAUCCCAACUUGUACAGAAUAGACCGAUUGACCAAUGAGGGUGCAAUACAUGUUAACGACAGGGUUGUUCCUCAACCUCCUCUUCAGAAGUUAUCUGCAGAGAAGCUGACAAGAGAGGGAGCUUUUCUUAUGGAUUGUGGAUCAAUAUUUUACAUUUGGAUUGGGAAAAGCUGUGAUAAUAGCUUCAUAAAAGAUGUGCUCGGAUACCCUAACUAUGCAUCUGUACCACAGAAACUGACACAGCUUCCAGAGUUAGAUACUCUUUCUUCAGAGAGAGCCCGAUCUUUUAUAACCUGGCUUAGAGACAGUAGACCUUUAAAUCCAGUUCUUCAAGUAAUAAAAGAUGAGAGUCCCGCCAAAACAGAUUUUUUCCAGCACUUAGUUGAAGACCGGACGGAGGCAGCAUUCUCUUAUUACGAAUUCUUACUUCAUAUUCAACAGCAGAUUUGUAAGUGAAAGUGGAAGAAAGAAGAAGAAAAUUCCCAACUUUGGAUACGAACGUUAGCUGUGAGAGGAGCACAUAGCAACAGGCAUUUGCUCUUCACAAUAUACAGUGCAGAGCACCGUAUCAGAAGCUUUUCAGCUAAAGGAAAAAUGCACACGUCCGGAGGAAUUUUACGGAUUUGCUUCAACCUGAAAAUGAUAGGAGUAAUGAUGCUCGUUCACUAGUACAUUUUAAACUGGUUUAUACACGUUUCCAGUAGUGCAGCAGUAUGGUGCUCUGUUUAUUGCAAGCUGUUGAAUUUAUGUAGCUAUGUGGGAUGAUAUUUCUUAAUGAUACGUAAAAUUAGAUGAAACCCUUUUUCUUACAUUUAUUAUGAUAACCUUUCUGGAGUCAGACUCUUGCAGAGGUGCCAAGGGCAGUGCUAUAUGGUGUUUGUUUAUAUUACUUUUGAAAAGGAAUUAUUCAUAUUCACUAAAAGACUUCAACAUUUUCCCUGUGAGGACUACAGAGUUUCAAUACAGUACAUGAAUUGUAGAAAUAAAAUAUAUAAUGUACAUAAGUGUUACAUUUGUAAAGAAAAUGUAAAAAUGUAACUACACAAUGAAUUGCCCAGCUGUGUUGCAUAUUCAAUAAUAGAUCAUUUUGCCCAGUUAAAAUGAGGUUGACUGGUAGAUAAUACAUAUUAAGAAAUCUGAAUCACAUAGGAGAAACCCAACUUUGUAAUCCUGUUAAUUCUUUUACAUGGAUUUAUUUAUGAUCAGCUUACUAAUUAAAAAUAUUUUGCUUGA